AAAAAGGCAAGCGUCUUACCUACUGUAUUGUCUCCAGCUUCACUAAAAUCAGUUUUAAAGAUAUGAUGGGAGAUAUGAAUGGGCUAAUCAGGCCUUGGGAAUUCAGCAUUGAAAGUAAAAAGAUAUUUGAAGGCCAUUUUUUGGCCUUUGUGACUUUUGUUCCAUUUUAUGGAACAAGGUGAGGAGGAGUGAUAGGCUAAUGAAAAACUAGUUUGUAACUAUUUGUAUCUACAGCCGUGGGGUGCCCUGGCACCCAGGGUGCACCUGACUAUCCCAGCUCUUCCCCAGGAUCACAACCACAUUUCUUAUUCUGAUAUAAAGCUGGUUACGUUGUUCUCGCAGAUCCCCAUGUUCCACACAGCAGGAAACUAAACUAUGGGUAGGCCGAAGAAGAGCAAAACAAGACAAGGAACCUGGAGGUGUCAGCUGUUAUAUCCCAACAUUGUCCCACUUCCACAAAGAUUUAAAAGUGUCUCAGGGCUUGUAAAGUUUGGUGCUGCACCUUCAAGAUGCCCAUUACAGACUUUAUUCUGGCCCUGCAGCACAAUCCCUACUUUGGGGCUGGCUUUGGGCUAGUGGGUGUGGGCACGGCGCUUGCCUUGGCUCGGAAGGGUGCCCAGUUGGGCAUGGUGGCUUUCCGGCGCCACUACAUGAUCACUUUGGAAGUCCCAGCACGGGACCGUAGCUAUGCCUGGUUGUUGAGCUGGCUCACUCGCUACAGCAGCCGCACGCAGCAUCUCAGUGUUGAGACAUCAUACCUGCAACACGACAGUGGCCGAAUCUCCACCAAGUUUGAAUUUAUCCCCAGCCCUGGAAACCACUUUGUCUGGUAUCAGGGGAAAUGGAUCCGAGUGGAGCGAAGCCGAGAGAUGCAGAUGAUUGACCUGCAGACGGGGACUCCAUGGGAGUCGGUCACACUCACUGCUCUGGGCACUGACCGCAAGGUUUUCUUCAACAUCCUGGAGGAAGCCCGGGAGCUGGCUCUGCAGCAGGAAGAAGGGAAGACUGUGAUGUACACUGCCAUGGGCUCUGAGUGGCGCUCCUUUGGCUACCCCCGCCGCCGCCGGCCCCUCGAUUCCGUGGUUCUAGAACAGGGUCUGGCUGACCGAAUUGUCCGAGAUAUUCGGGAAUUCAUCGAUAACCCCAAAUGGUAUACAGACAGAGGUAUUCCCUACAGACGUGGCUACCUGCUCUAUGGGCCCCCUGGUUGCGGAAAAAGCAGUUUUAUCACAGCCCUGGCUGGGGAGCUAGAGCACAGCAUCUGCCUGCUGAGCCUCACUGACUCCAGCCUCUCUGAUGACCGGCUUAACCACCUGCUCAGUGUGGCCCCACAGCAGAGCCUGGUGCUGCUGGAAGACGUGGAUGCGGCCUUUCUCAGCCGAGACCUGGCAACUGACAACCCAAUCAAGUACCAAGGCCUGGGACGCCUCACCUUCAGUGGACUACUCAAUGCAUUGGAUGGUGUGGCGUCCACUGAGGCACGCAUCGUGUUCAUGACCACCAACUAUGUUGACAGGCUGGACCCUGCCCUCAUACGCCCUGGGCGUGUGGACUUGAAGGAGUACGUGGGCUACUGCUCACCCUGGCAGCUCUCUCAGAUGUUCCAGAGGUUCUACCCAGACCAGGCACCAGCCUUGGCCGAGACCUUUGCUGAACAAGUCCUCCAGGCUACAACGCAGAUCAGCCCUGCCCAGGUGCAGGGCUACUUCAUGCUAUAUAAAAAUGAUCCUUCUGGGGCUCUUCAGAACACUGACACCCUGAAGAGGUAACAUCCCCUUGUGGAGUUCAAUAAACGCCUGCCACUGCU